AUGGAGCCCCGCAAAACCCCUCCGGAGUACUUCCUGGAGAUCUUUGCAGACACCACCACCGUCCGGGACGUCUUAAAAGGUGUUCUCAACCUAAUCUUCUUUCACCGUUACUUUCCCUCUAUCCGACCGACUACCUUUGAUGUCCUAGACUUUACUCUCCCCGCUAUCAACGAUGAAGAUCUUGAGACGCUUAUUGAGUCGCGCAUCAGCGCCCUAGUCCGUCAGCACUCCUCGUCCGCUGCUAGCGCCCAUGAAGGGGGCGGCGGUGUGCGCGGUCGGAUCGCAGUAGAAUUUUACGAGAAGAAGCGUAGGCGCUCCGGAAUCUGGUUCGGCGGACUUGCUGGAAAAGGCGAGGAAGAGGUAUGUUGGGAGGUGUGGAAUCUGGAUGUGACAAUUGCCACUCCGCGGACAGAAUCAGAACGCGCCAAGGUGCGCAAGGCAAUGGAGAAUAUGCUUCAAAAAGCAGCCCUGAAGAUUCUCGCCGUAGUGAACCGAGAAAAGGAUCAUAUUCCGCCCAUCACGACAAGUGAUUCCAACCCAUUCCCUUACAGGAUUGUCCUAAACCCUCGGUCAGAUGGCUGGCAGAAUCGGUUUGGACUAUACUGA